CGUGACCCUGGGCGCCGCGGCCGGGGGCCUGCUGGGCGGCUGGCUCGUAGACCAAGCGGGGCGCAAGCUGAGCCUCCUCCUCUGCUCCAUGCCCUUCGUGGCCGGCUUCGCCGUCAUCACCGCGGCUCAGAACCUGUGGAUGCUGCUCGGAGGCCGUCUGCUCACCGGCCUGGCCUGUGGCAUUGCCUCGCUCGUGGCCCCGGUCUAUAUCUCUGAAAUUGCUUACCCUGAGGUGCGAGGGCUGCUCGGCUCCUGUGUGCAGCUGAUGGUGGUCACAGGCAUCCUCCUAGCCUACCUGGCAGGCUGGGUGCUCGAGUGGCGCUGGCUGGCCGUGCUGGGGUGUGUGCCCCCCUCCUUCAUGCUGCUGCUCAUGUGUUUCAUGCCUGAGACCCCUCGCUUCCUGCUGUCUCAGCACAAGCGCCAGGAAGCCAUGGCCGCCAUGCAGUUCCUAUGGGGCUCUGCUCAGGGCUGGGAGGAGCCCCCCAUUGGGGCUGAGCACCAGGGCUUCCACAUGGCCCAGCUGUGGCGUCCUGGCGUCUACAAGCCCUUCAUCAUCGGCAUCUCCCUGAUGGCCUUCCAGCAGCUGUCGGGCAUCAAUGCCGUCAUGUUCUAUGCAGAGACUAUCUUUGAGGAGGCCAAGUUCAAGGACAGCAGCCUGGCCUCAGUCGUCAUGGGCCUCAUCCAGGUGCUGUUUACUGCCACAGCGGCCCUGAUCAUGGACAGAGCCGGACGGAGGCUGUUGCUGACCUUGUCAGGUGUGAUCAUGGUGUUCAGCACCAGCGCCUUUGGCGCCUACUUCAGGCUGACCGAGGGCGGCCCCAGCAACUCCUCGCACGUGGACCUCCCGGCACACCUCUCCAUGGAGCCCACCGAUACCAACACGGGGCUGGCCUGGCUGGCGGUGGGCAGCAUGUGCCUCUUCAUCGCUGGCUUUGCUGUGGGCUGGGGGCCCAUCCCCUGGCUCCUCAUGUCUGAGGUCUUCCCUCUGCCCGUCAAGGGUGUGGCCACCGGCGCCUGUGUCCUUACCAACUGGUUCAUGGCCUUUCUGGUGACGAAAGAGUUCAGCAGCCUCAUGGAGGUUCUCAGGCCCUAUGGUGCCUUUUGGCUGGCCUCUGCCUUCUCCAUCUUCGGUGUCCUUUUCACUGUGGCCUGUGUCCCUGAGACCAAAGGGAAGACUUUGGAGCAAAUCACAGCCCAUUUUGAGGGGCGAUGACAGCCUCUUCCUAUGAGCGGGUGCCCCUCCUGCUGCACCUGCUUUCAGCCUUGGAGGGUGUGGAGCCUACCUGUAACUCCAAUCUGAGCCUGAGCUGGCAGCCUGGAACCCCUGCCUUUCCCCAUAGAGUCAGGAGCCAGAACGGCAGCCCCUCAGAGCCUUGUCCUCUGGGGUCCCUCCUUCCUGCCCAGUGAAGCGCAGGGACCAGGUUCCCAGCUGCUGGGUCCAGUUCCCACUGCUGCCGUGUGACUCGGGAGAAGGAACAUCUUGCAGACACUUUGCUGUCCUGCGGUCAGUCCUCCACACGCCGACUCCAUCAGGACAGGAAAGUGACAGCGGAGGAGGGGGCUCUUGGUUCCUGAUUUUCUGGAGAUGCUUUGGAGGCUGGGCGAUGGCCUGUGGUUUCUCCUCUCACGUGGCUGCAUUAUCAGGGAGGAACGUUGCCAAAUAAAUAUUUGACUCAGAAAA